GUCCAUCUUGUUACCCACGUCUAUAGUAUAGUUCUUUUGGUAUAUCUUUUCAGUUUUGCUAUUGUCUUCACUUAGUAUAGUAAGGAAAUUAUGGCUCAAAUUUGUAAGCUUGAGCUUCAAACAGAGAUCAAAUCUUCUCCCGAUAGGUUAUUUGACAUAUACAAGAACAAGACCUACCUCAUGCCCAAAAUCAGCCCUGACCAAUUUCGAAGUAUAGAAGUGCUUGAAGGAGACGGAAAGAGUGUUGGCUCCGUCAGGCUCUGGACUUACGUAAUGGGCAGUCAAGUGACUGCGAAGGACAAGAUUGAUGCUGUGGAUGAUGAGAACAAGUCUAUCACAUUCAAUAUAAUCGGUGGAGAGAUUACAAAGUACUUCAAGAGUUUCAAGGCCACCCUUGAGGCUGGUACUUCAGUGUUAAAUACAAAUCUGAUAAAAUGGAGUCUUGAAUAUGAGAAGGCAAAUGAAGACGUUCCUACUCCAAACUCUCAUCUUGACUUCCUUGUGAAUGGCUCCAGAGUGGUGGAUGCUUAUCUUCUCAAAUCAUAGAAAUCAAGAAGACCAUGGUCAGUUGUAACAUGUACUAGUUAUAUUAUAUAUGCAAUAAAAACAAGAGUUGUUCUUGUUCUUCUAUAAGGACACCUAGCUACCAUAUGUCCUUAGUUUGGUAGAUCAUUUAAUCUUAUGUAAUAAAAGCAAGAGCGGUUCUUGUUCUUAUUCUAGGACACAAGAAACACUUCUUUACUCCUUUAAUAUUUCGUUAUUUGUGUUAUCAACUAAUUAUAUUAAUGUAUCAUGUCAUAUAAAUAAAAGUACUUUUAUUUUAGUAGAUUCUA